AUGCGACAAACUGCCAUCGAUAUCUCAUCCCGCCCACGCCAACUAAGAAAGCCUAUAUUACAUUGUUUAUCUCAGAACCUGACCUUUAUUUAUACCAUCCCGGGUAAUCAAAACGGGUCAAUUAUAUUUGACUUUCAUGCGCCCGAUGCAGCUACCGUCAACUCAACUGCGAUUUAUACUAAUAUUUAUGACAAAGUCAGCAAUCCUUUUAGAGAUGGAGCGGACAUAACUACAAAUAUUACUCUUGCCGCUCAACGGUUAGGCGAAGAAGUACUUCACGUAUACACACUAGGGAAACAUCAGAUUGGACUAUAUUAUUAUUCUCGAACAAUAAGAAGGGCGUUGAAAUAUUCAAUCUUGGCAGCACUUGGAUUCGAAUUGCAAUAUGUUGAUCGACCAAGGUUAGAUACAUUGUGGUCUAGUAGAGCAAGAAAUGUGAGUACAACAAUGAACCCUAAUUAUUUUGGAACUGUUCAGGUUUCAUGCAAUAAUUUUUUUGUCCACAUUGAAAAAGAACAGAGGUCUUACACUCUUCUGGCAUCUUUUGGGUUGCUUGGUGGAGUUUGGAGUGUACUCAGGGGACUUUAUUACUACAUUUUUGGAACUGAUCAGCAACGAGGCACUGCUUAUUCUUGGUAUUUUCGAUGGUAUCGUAAUCAAGAGCCCCUGUAUGAUUAUGUACCUACACAAGAAUGA